AUGACAGGCACUACAGAGACGAAUGCAGACUUUGUAGCGACAGAAAGAGACAUGAGCGAGUCAUUGAAAAUGGCAAAUGUAACACCAAAAGUGUCUGAUACUGUGGAGUCAAUGGUGACGACCAAGAAUGAGAUGGAGAGACAGGAAGAGGAAGAGACAGUCGUGGAAGAACCAUGCUUUAAUUUGUUUGGACCGGCAGGUGCAGUGUUUAGCAGUCUAGCAACAAAUAGUAAGGUGAAUGAUAUACAUGAAACAAAGAGUCAGGAUGAGAGCACACAAGAAGUAAAUGCGGAUAAGAGCGUUGCGGUGGUUUCGUCCUCGUUGCAGUAUUCUGACGUCAUACCAGCAAGUAAAGUGCAUGUUGAAGAGCUGGCAAUUGGUCAAAAGCUGGCAAGUGCAGGACUGGAUCUAAGUGACUCGGAGGAGGAAGAGAAGGAGCUACCUGUACAAUUAAGAAAACGAAACAAGCGAGAGAAUUUGUGUGAAGAGAAAUGGGUAUGCCAGAUAUGCACAGAUCUUAAUGCGCUGACAGCGCUGGAAUGCUCAAGAUGUAGCAGCAAACGCUUCAUCGAUGCCUUACGUGAAAGUGAUACGGGGACUGGGUCCCAUUUGAGGUGGGCCUGUCCCAUCUGCACGAAUUUGAAUCCUUCGACUUUGACCGAAUGCCUCAUGUGUCUGAGCACGCGGAAAAUGGGGACUGAACAACCAGAUAGCUUUACUCACAGGACGUGGGCAUGCUCAUUGUGCACUACGCUCAACGACCCUGAUAUCACGCGAUGUGAGGUUUGCGAUCAUUUGCGCGAAACGGGGACCAAACAUCCGGCAGAAAAAGGCCGUGAGUGUCCGGUAUGUACGAAUAUUAACUCUCCAAAAAGUACGCGGUGUGAGAUUUGUGAAACGUAUUUACCAGCAGAUGAGACUCCUGAGAAUCAAUUCGUCGAUCUGUCCUUCAGCCCACCAGCUUACAGUGCUAACUAUGCUGGUGAUCGAGACAACCGCAAGAAUUCGUACGCGGACUUGCCGCAAUACAAGAAUUGCAAUGCUUUUGAUGAAGCUGCUGUCCCCGAUGUUAUUGAAGAGAUUUCUGACCAUGAAUGUUCAAUAUCGAUGACCAAUCCACGUCCACUACAAGUACGUCCAGACUUGACAAAAUUCGAGCACUUUGUGUGCGUGGAAGACUUACGUGGUGACAAUGAUUGUCGUAUCAACUACAACAAAAUGUUUGCUGGCCAAAGGUCUGGUAAGUCAUACGCCGACCGCAUCGCUACAAGACAAAGACAGUCACGGAAACGUAAGCAAGAUGCUGCCCGCAAAGAGGCAGGAAAGUCGCUCUCGUCUCAAGGUGGCACAGCGGCGCGAGGAAGCAAUAAACGAAAGGCAGCUGCUGCAAAACGACGAGGUUGCGAAAAAGUUUUAAGGACCAAGAGAACACGGAAGACAGGAGUCUCAGCACGUCCAGCUAGUUCUAAGACACCUUCUCCAGCUAUCAACCACUAUGACGAUUCUGCGACCAAUUUGGGCGAGGACCUGUCUACAAUGGCGUGGGAAGGUGUCGGAUCUGCCGGCUAUAUUUGA